UAUAGUCGUUAAAAAUGGCUUCCGAUAUGCGUUUACCUCGUGAACGUGUUGUUCGUGUAAAUUCUGACUAUACGGAAGGUGCUCGUUUAGUGUGUGACAGUUCCGAUAUAGUGAAGAGUCCAGUUUUACCUUGGGAUCGUUCUAUUGAGUCACAUGAAGUCAGAUCAUAUCGUACGAUUGGCGGCAAGCCGGCCUCUGUGUGGUCGGAACGCCUUUGCUUGAUGCGAGAGAUUCGUGAUGAUCUAGCUUCUGACAGUGCAACAACUCAUUUAUCUGGUGAUAUAAAUCGUUGUAUUGAUGGCAUAUCUCGCUUGCUGGGUACUACCGUUUUGCGGAAUAGUCCGAAGCGUGUUUUCGAGAAGACCCCUCCAAGCACUGUCCCGGUUGAUAAUGGUAUUACCUAUGAAGACCAAGUACUGCCUGGUAACGAGAGCUACACCAUGGACAACCUGGUUGAGAGUUUGGAUACUAUCGACGUUGGCAAAGAUGAGAGUGAUGAGAUACCUCUAUCUUUGAGGAUGGAGGCUCACGCUGCUGAGGCUUAUUUCGGUGCUUCUAUAGUACAAAGAAUAUACUCCCGAAGAUGGCAAUCUCGCAUUGAUGCCAUUGAUGAACUAACCGCUAUGGUUGAGAGUGACGAGUUAUUAUCGUACAAUGACGGUGUUUUUCAUCGUGCCAUAAUGGGUUUGACAAUGUGCCUGAGCCGCUUAUUCCAGGAUCAUGCUCUAAAGGUAUUAAUCAAGUCACUGGACCUUCUUGAUGCAUUCUUUGGGUUUAUGGAGCGUCAUCAAUCUGGGUUAUCCACUGCUCGUGGUGGUUCUAACUCUUCUAUUGAUAGCUCGCGAUCAAGUGUUAUUACCUGCUGUUCCCAGUUUUUGGAUGUCAUAAUAUCGCGUCUGGGUGACCGUGUAUCGGCAGUGGUUGACUGUGCCAUAUGUGCGUUAAUGAAGGUUGCGGAAUCUGCCUCCAUUCCUACUUAUGAGGAUGUAAGUCGUUGUUUAAUCCGGUCAUUGGGUGUUGCUAACAACCAACCUGGUGUUCGUUCUAUUUGCAAUCGUUUGCGUCUAUUGUCUACGCUGCUACUGAGGUCACCUCAGUACACAUCCCACGGUACACCUCGAUACAGUUUAAAACCAGUUCUGUUUUUUGAAACUUUGGGUGCAUUAAGUCAUCAUUCACACGGUCUCGUACGUGCCGCGGCUUUGGAUGCCAUUAGCAUAGGUCUCAAGGUAUGCUUUAGUGGCAUUACGGUACCCGUUGAUCCUUCAAUACGCAACGCUGCUGAUCGCAUUGAUUUGUCAUCAAUAUCUGUCUUAGAAGGUGAUGCUUCAGCGCGUUAUGAUGCGUUGUUGGCCGAGGCUCAAUCCAUUUGGUCUACCGAUAUUUUCCAGCGGUGUACACCUCGCCAGUAAA